AUGGGUGAUGAGAAGUAUUAUUUGCUAAGAUUAGAUUGUAUCCUUUGGAUGACUAAAAAGAAGGGUGAAGGAAAAAAUUCUUGCGCACCAGUUUCAGAUUAUCAACCAUUGAUGAUUAUUUCCGGGAACGGAGAAUGGUUUAACCGAAUGACGGAUUCCGAAAGCGAUAAGUCAACGGUUACAACCACAGCACCUACUGCUGGCGAAGCAGCGUUAGUUGAUAUCUCUACUCUGCUAGACUAUGUAAAGCACGAGUUCAUUGGUGCAGGAGCUGCAGCAUUAGAAGAAGCUUUUUCACAGAGCGGAAAUGCAGAAUGUGUGCAAAAGUUCAUUAAUGAUCCACAAGUACCGAUGUUAGUUAUUGAUCGGAUCGUUGCCAGAGAUUUAGAUACAAAUCCAGAUGAUACUGUUGAGGAUGUUACUUCAAUAUUUCGCAUUUCCAAUGAAACGGCUAAACGUAUCGAACGAACAACAUCGUUAUUGUUGCUAAAAAGUGGCACAUGUGUUGAAGCUGAUAAACCAGUUGAAGAUCAACUAUAUGUUGUAAGAAUACCGGAAGGUAAUUCUUAUGAUGUACUGCUAUCGAUUUUUGGACGCAUUGGAACGCCACUUUUCAAGUCUUUAGUUGAUUAUGGUCGGGGUGAACGAGAUGGUGAUAAACUUGCAUUGUCGGUUGAAAAACAUCUGAGUGAGGUGGAAGUUGCAUUACUUCACAUGCAGCAGAAUAUAGAUAUACCAGAAAUUAAUUUGACGAUCCACCCAGUGAUUCAGAAUACUAUUCAACAAGCUGCUGAAAAAGGACAUAAAGCUCGAGUAACUGAUCUGGGCAAUCUGGUUGAAAUUAAGGUGACAAAACUGGAUCGUGAUGCGGGCUCAGGAACUUCAUUGCAAGAAAUGACAUUUUGGUUGAACUUGGAAAGGGCUUUGCAAAAGAUUGCGCAGAAAAGAGAAUCAGACGAAGUGACGUUGACGUUAGAAGCUCUGAAAUGCGGCAAGCGAUUUCAUGCAACAGUGUCAUUUGACGCUGAUACAGGCCUUAAACAAACGUUAGCGAUGGUGAAUGAUUACAAUGUGUUGAUGAAGGAUUUGCCUUUAAAUGAAUUGAUGGCUGCAACAGAUAUGGAAAGCAUUAAAAAUGCUUUAGCGAAUAUAUUUACACAUAUGAAAAAAUUACGUAAUACAAAAUAUCCAAUUGCUCGAGCGCUACGUUUUGUGGAAGCAAUUUCAAAGGAUCUUUCUACCCAAAUGUUAAAGGCGCUUGGUACUAGACGAUUGAUGAACAUUCCGCUAGGAGAUUUUGACAAUUUAAUGGCUCAAUGUUUUGCUGUUUUUUCUACAUGGAAUGAUGAAUACGAUAAACUCACAACCAUAAUGCGUGAUCUGACAAAGAAAAAGCGUGAUGAACAGCUCAAAUUAACAUGGCGACUCAAUCCUCAACACAAAAAAUUAGAAAGCCGUCUUGAUCAAAUGCGACAACAGCAUGAGCAGUUACGCACAGUUAUAUCACGGGUCUUGAGGCCAGUAGGCCAGAAAGGAGAGAAGCGAUCUAAUUCGGAUGUUGAAAAGACAUCGACUCUAAAUGCUCCAGAGUUAAGCGCUAUCGAACAGGUCAAUACGGCAUAUGAAAAUGUUAAGGAGGUUGAUUGUUUGGAUGUGAGUAAUGAUGGCACUGUCGCAUGGGAAGCUGCUAUACGUAGGUACGAAGACCAGAUUGAUCGUGUAGAAACUCAGAUUACUGCGAAAUUACGGGAUCAGUUGGGUGGUGCUAGAAAUGCUGAUGAAAUGUUUAUGAUUUUCCAACGAUUCAAUGCUCUUUUUGUUCGACCGCAUAUCCGUGGUGCAAUACGAGAGUAUCAGACACAACUGAUACAGAGAGUAAAAGAGGAUAUAGAUAAAUUACAGACUAGAUUUAAAAAUUUCAAUGAGGCAGAUAAUGCAAGAAUAUUGCGAGCUAUUGAUAUACCACCCGUUGCUGCAUCGAUUCUUUGGAUUCGUCAGAUCAAUAGUAAAUUGACACAGUAUAUGAAACGGAUCGAAGAUGUUUUAGGCCGAGGAUGGGAAAAUCAUGUCGACGGUCGGCAGCUAAAACUAGAAGGCGAUAAUUUCCGACAAAAACUAAAUACACAGCAUAUUUUUGAUGAUUGGGUUGCACGUGUGCAGGCUAAAAAUAUUUCUUUGACUGGACGAAUUUUCAUUAUUGAAAAACGUCAGAAAGAUGGGAAAAUUGUGUUGAAUUUGAAAGUGAAUUUCUCGAAUGAUGUCGUUACUUUGUUUAAAGAGGUCCGGAAUAUGAAGCACAUGGGCUUUCGGAUCCCGUUAAAGAUCGUUAAUACAGCUCAUCAGGCAAAUCUUUUAUAUCCAUUUGCAAUUUCAUUGUUGGAAUCUAUUCGCACUUAUGAUUCAAUAAAUGAACGAAUAGCAAAUAAACCUGGAGUGAACAUGUUGAUUGUGGCUUACAAGAAAGAUAUACAAGGACAGCUAGCUGAGGGUAAUUCACUUACAUGGGAAUCAUACAAAAUGGAUCCUUAUGUUGUCAAGCUUUCCUCUUCAAUCAAUAAUUUCCAAGAAAAAGUAGAAGAAUUGGAUAUACUUCUUGACAGGAUUGAGGUUGACCUUGCUGCUCUGGAUACAUGUCAUUACACAUCGGCAACAAUUGGUACUUUGCUUGACUCGAUACAAAAGGCAGUCGAUCAACUAUCUCUAGGCAAUUUCUCCAAUUUGCAUCACUGGGUUAACUCGAUAGAUGCAAAGAUUGCUAAGAAAUUAGCAUCUCGCGUUGAAGAAGCAAUUCAUCUUUGGACUGUUGUACUUGCCCACGAUGAGUUCGAAGAUGAAAGUGAUGAAAAAGGCACUUUGCCCGUCCUUCAACCAAUAGUUUUGGAAAUGCGGGUUACAUCACAAGUGAUGUAUGUCAGUCCAAGUAUUGAACAAGCUCGAGCUCAUUUACUAGAUCAGCUAUUUGCCUGGCAGUCUGUAAUCACAAAUCAGCCGCGCAUUUCCAGCACGCGAUUUCAGUUAACCCUCACAAAGGAUAGCACAGAAGCUACUUAUCGUGAUGUGUUGGCGCAUCUUCCGCAAGGCCAAAAAAUUAUUGAGCAAGCUUAUAACACUGUUGAAAAAGUUAUGAAAGAAGUGACCGAUUAUGUUGGCGAAUGGCUACGAUAUCAGGCUCUUUGGGACUUACAGCCCGACGUUUUAUAUGAAAGACUUGGAAGUGACGUGUCGAAAUGGAUGAAAACAUUAAUUGAAAUUCGAAAGUCAAGAGCAACAUUCGACACUCAAGAAACAAGAAAAGAGAUUUUCCCGGUGGUUAUUGACUAUACUAAAGUUCAAUCGAAGGUCUCUCUUAAAUAUGAUUAUUGGCAUCGUGAAAUCCUGCAGAAAUUCGGCUCAUCUGUCGGUCAGGAAAUGCAAGUGUUCUUUUCUGAUAUAUCAAAAUGGCGUAAUGAGCUCGAAGAGCAAAGCGUUGACAGCGGUACAACAACGGAUGCUAUCCAGCUUAUAACAUACGUUCAGCAACUAAAGAAAAAAACGAAAAUUUGUCAAGAUAAAGUUGAACAAUUUCGAGCUGCACAGCGCCUGCUCACUCAACAACGCUACCAGUUUCCGAACUCAUGGUUGUAUUCCGAAAAUGUUGAUGGUGAGUGGUCAGCUUUGAGUGACAUUUUGGAACGAAAGGAUUCUGCUAUUCAGGCACAAGUUGCUAACCUCCAGACCAAAAUCAAGGAGGAAGAUGAAAUGGUAGAAAAACGAACACAGGAUGUCCUUGCGGACUGGGACAAGUGUAAACCAGUUCAGGGGACACAAAGGCCCAAUGAAGCUUUGGUUGCACUGGCUACUUUCGAAGCAAAAUUGAGUAAAGUGAAAGAAGAUCGAGCGAAUAUGGUGAAAGCAAAGGGAGCGCUAGAAAUGGCUGAACCAGUUUUCACUAUGAGUCAUGCUGCAAAAUUGGACAUUGCUGUGGAAGAACUAUCAGAUCUAAAAGGUGUGUGGCAGUCGUUGAUGCCCAUGUACGAUGCCGUUGAUGAGCUAAAAGAGAAAACAUGGUUAUCGGUGCAACCACGCAAGUUACGUCAAAGUUUAGACGAACUGCUUGCUCAGUUGAAGCAAUUACCAGCGAAAUAUCGUUCUUAUGAUUCUUAUGAAUACGCGAAGCGAAUGCUUCAUAAUUACUCUAAGAUGAAUAUGAUUGUUGUUGAAUUGAAAUCCGAUGCAUUGAAAGAGCGCCACUGGAAACAACUGAUGAAAGAACUUCGUGUUUCUUGGAAUUUAUCAGAGUUAACGUUGGGACAAGUAUGGGAUGCUGAUUUGCUGCGCUAUGAAUCAGCUAUUAAGCAAGUAUUAUUAAUAGCUCAAGGCGAACUUGCAUUGGAAGAGUUCUUGAAGCAGGUGCGCGAGUAUUGGCAGUCAUUUGAAGUUGACCUUGUGAAUUACCAAAAUAAAACAAAGCUUAUUCGCGGGUGGGACGAUUUGUUCAGUAAAUUGAAGGAGCAUAUGAAUUCACUUACCGCAAUGAAGCUAUCACCGUACUACAAGCAGUUUGAGGAAGAUGCAUUGGCAUGGGAAGAGAAGCUGAAUAAAAUAAGUGCAUUAUUCGAUGUCUGGAUUGACGUGCAGCGUCGAUGGGUGUACUUGGAUGGAUUAUUUUCGGUAUCAGCGGAUAUUAAUACCCUUUUGCCCGUGGAAUCGAGUAGAUUUUCAAGUAUUUCUACUGAAUUUUUGGCAUUAAUGAAGAAAGUAAUGUCGACAUCUCGAAUCCUGGACAUAGUGAAUAUGCAAGGAGCACAGCGUCUCUUGGAACGCUUAGUUGAUAUGCUUGGAAAGAUUCAAAAGGCUUUGGGUGAAUAUUUGGAGCGUGAACGAAACUCGUUCCCUCGAUUUUAUUUUGUUGGCGAUGAAGAUUUACUCGAAAUUAUGGGUAAUAGCAAAGAUAUUACACGUGUACAAAAGCAUUUGAAAAAGAUGUUUGCUGGUAUCUCAGCAGUCGAUGUGGAAAAGGAUAAUACUCUCAUAACGGCUAUCAGCAGUCGCGAAGGAGAAAGAGUGCAGUUGAUGAAACCUAUCAGUGUCAAAGAGAAUCCCCGCAUCAACGACUGGUUGCGUAUGGUUGAAUGUGAAAUGCGGAAUACAUUGGCGCAUCUGCUGGAUCAGUCAUUGUCGAUAUUUUCGAAAUUUGAUAUGAAUUCAGUUCAACCACAGGAAUACAUGGCUUGGCUUGAUCAGUUUCCGGCACAGAUAAUUGAGCUAACAGCUAAUAUUUGGUGGUGUUCUAACAUUGAAAUACAUUUUGCUGAAGGAAAAACUGUAGAAGCCAUCGAAGAUAUUGUGGAAAAAACAUUGUCGUUACUAGCAGAUAGCGUACUAAGCGAACAGCCUGCUAUUCGACGAAAGAAAAUUGAAGCAUUGAUAACUGAACUGGUGCACAAAAGAGAUAUUUGUCGGUGUUUAAUCCAGAAUAAAGUUGCUUCUGCGACAAGUUUCUAUUGGUCCAGAUGUAUGCGCUUCUAUUUUGAUCCACGAAAAUUGGACCCUCAUUCAUGUUGCGUCAUGAAAAUGGCGAAUGCCCAUUUUCCAUAUGGUUUCGAAUAUUUGGGUUUGCAAGAAAAGCUUGUUCAGACUCCUUUAACAGAUCGCUGCUACUUGACAAUGACUCAGGCUUUAAAUUCAAGGUUAGGCGGUAGUCCAUUCGGGCCUGCUGGUACUGGUAAAACUGAGAGUGUUAAAGCAUUAGGCCAUAAAAUUGGUCGUUUUGUGCUCGUAUUCAAUUGCGAUGAAACGUUCGAUUUUCAGGCAAUGGGACGAAUUUUAGUAGGUUUAUGUCAAGUAGGCGCAUGGGGUUGUUUCGAUGAAUUUAAUCGUCUUGAAGAACGUAUGCUGUCAGCUGUUAGUCAGCAGAUUCAAACUAUUCAGGAAGCUGUUCGGGCUGGUGGACAAAUGCAGGUUGACUUGAUUGGAAAAACAUUAUUAGUGAAUUCAAAUAUGGCAAUAUUCAUUACCAUGAAUCCAGGUUAUUCAGGUCGUUCUAAUUUGCCCGAUAACUUGAAACAGCUUUUCCGUUCACUGGCCAUGACACAACCAGAUCGCCAACUUAUUGCUCAAGUGAUGCUUUUCUCACAAGGCUUUAGAACGGCUGAAAAACUUGCAAAAAAAAUUGUGCCGCUUUUCAUAUUAUGCAAAGAGCAGUUAUCAGAUCAGUGUCAUUACGAUUUCGGUCUUCGUGCUUUGAAGUAUGUGCUCGUGAGUGCUGGCAACAUCAAGCGGGAUGAAAUUCAACGUAUGAUUGAAAAUCGGAGUAAUAUUAGCGAAAGUGAUAUUUCAAGUGAAAUAUCCGAACAACAAAUCCUGAUACAAUCAGUAUGUGAAACGCUGGUACCAAAGCUUGUGUCAGAAGAUAUAGCCCUGCUCUUUUCUCUACUUUCUGAUGUUUUCCCUUCGAUACAAUACAAACCAAACCAAAUGGAAGGACUCCGAAAUGAAAUCGCGAAAGUAUGCGAUCAGUUACUUCUGUGCCAUUCAUCAACACCUGGUGAGCUUGGUUCAGCAUGGUUAGAAAAAGUGUUGCAGCUGUAUCAGAUUACGAAUUUGAAUCACGGUUUGAUGCUGGUUGGUGCUAGCGGUAGUGGUAAAACAACCGCAUGGAGGGUGUUGCUAAAAGCACUAGAGCGCUAUGAAGGAGUGGAAGGUGUUGCAUAUGUUAUUGACGCCAAGGCAAUGAGCAAAGAUGCUUUAUAUGGUGUUCUUGAUCCGAAUACACGUGAAUGGACCGAUGGUCUUUUUACGCAUAUUAUUCGUAGAAUUAUUGAUAACGUACGGGGUGAGACAUCAAAACGUCAGUGGAUAAUAUUUGAUGGUGAUGUUGAUCCUGAAUGGGUUGAAAAUUUAAACUCAGUACUUGAUGAUAACAAAUUGCUUACACUACCAAACGGUGAACGUCUUGGGAUACCAUCAAAUGUUCGCAUAAUCUUCGAAGUUGCGGACUUGAAAUAUGCGACGUUAGCAACAGUAUCUCGUUGUGGUAUGGUUUGGUUUAGCGAGGAAAUUAUUACGUGUGAGAUGUUGUUUGAUAACUUCUUGAAACGUUUGAGAAACGUUCGUCUUGAUAUUGAGCAGUCGGUUGAUCUGUUGUCUUUGAACGGGUCAGAAGAAGGCGCAGUAACACCAGAAGCUGAACGCAUAAUAAACUUGCAACGAAAAUGUGCCCAUUAUUUAACACAACAUAUGAGUGCUGAUGCGCUUGUUCCAUUGACCUUGAAGUAUGCGCUAACAGAACUUGAUCACAUUAUGGAUGAUCAAAUUGAAGCUUAUAUAUCACGUUCAAUGCUUGUAAACAUUGUUUGGGCAUUCAGUGGUGACAGCAAAUGGAAAUCUCGUCAGCAAUUGAGCGAUUUUAUGCGUCAGUCAUCCACUCUUUUAUUGCCACCAAACACCGCGUUACCAAUCAUUGAUUAUGAAGCAGCUUUCUCCGGCGAAUGGGUGCAGUGGGUUUCUAAAGUGCCUCAGAUGGAAGUAGAAACACAUCGUGUCGCUGCUGCUGAUUUGGUUAUACCUACAGUAGAUACUAUGCGACAUGAAAUGCUUCUGAAUACCUGGCUUUCGGAGCACAAACCAUUGGUACUUUGUGGUCCACCAGGUUCUGGAAAAACAAUGACUCUUCUUUCUGCUCUUCGUUCGUUGCAGGAUAUGGAUGUUGUAAAUGUUAACUUCUCUUCAUCUACCACUCCUGAGUUACUGAUGCGCACAUUUGAUCAUUACUGCGAAUAUCGCCGCACACCGAACGGUGUCGUUCUCUCACCAGUACAGAUUUCAAGAUGGCUGGUCAUAUUCUGCGAUGAGAUUAAUCUGCCAUCACCUGACAAAUAUGGCACCCAGCGUGUUAUCUCGUUCUUGCGCCAGCUGGUCGAAAUGAAUGGUUUCUAUCGUGCAUCUGAUCAAACAUGGGUAUCUUUGGAGCGCAUCCAAUUUGUUGGUGCUUGCAAUCCGCCUACCGAUCCUGGACGACAUCCACUUUCGUUACGUUUCUUGCGCCAUGUUCCUGUAGUAUACGUGGAUUAUCCCGGCCAAACAUCACUUCUGCAAAUUUAUGGAACUUUCAAUCGGGCAAUGUUGCGUAUGGCUCCUUCGGUACGUAGCUUCGCAGAUCCACUGACAAAUGCAAUGGUUGAUUUCUAUCUACAAUCUCAGGAACAUUUCACACAAGACGAUCAACCUCAUUAUAUUUACUCCCCUCGUGAAUUAACACGAUGGGUGCGUGCUAUUAGUGAAGCGAUCACCCCACUUGAUAGCGUUAGUCCAGAGGCGCUGGUCAGAUUAUGGGCACAUGAAGCGUUACGUCUUUUCCAAGACCGACUUGUCUGUGAUGAUGAACGUGAGUGGACUGAUCACUUGCUUGAUACUACCGCUGAAAAGUACUUUGGUACUUCUUGUGAUCUGAAGCAGGCUCUGGAAAGACCCAUGCUUUAUUCAUGUUGGUUAACGAAACAUUAUUUACCGGUGUCGAAGGAGCAGCUGAAAGAAUAUGUUACGGCACGUUUGAAAAGUUUCUAUGAAGAAGAGCUUGAUGUUCAAUUAGUGCUAUUCGAUCAAAUGCUUGACCACGUAUUACGUAUUGAUCGUAUUUAUCGACAGCCGCAAGGUCAUCUUUUGUUAAUUGGCACUUCUGGAUCAGGCAAAACAACAUUGUCUAGAUUUGUAGCAUGGAUUAAUGGACUGUCCGUCUUUCAG